CUCUCUUCCGACUAUGGCGGCCAGACGGCGGGAGUGAAGCCUGUAGUUCCGGGUCGGCGCCCCGGAAGCGGAAGUGUAGACUCGGGGCUGUCAAAGUUGUAGUGCUGCUCCUCGAGGGUCGGUCCCGCCACGUCUCUUCCCGGUCUCUCUGGCUCUGGAGUGCUUCCCCCUUGCGGAGGGUGGGAGCGCGGGGACAGACGGGCGAGAUGAGCACCAUGUUUGCAGACACGCUGCUCAUCGUCUUUAUCUCCGUGUGCACUGCGCUGCUCGCCGAGGGCAUAACCUGGGUCCUGGUUUACAGGACAGACAAAUACAAGAGAUUGAAGGCAGAAGUGGAAAAACAAAGUAAAAAAUUAGAGAAGAAGAAGGAAACUAUAACAGAGUCAGCUGGUCGACAACAGAAGAAGAAGAUAGAGAGACAAGAAGAGAAACUAAAGAACAACAAUAGAGACCUGUCAAUGGUACGGAUGAAAUCCAUGUUUGCGAUUGGCUUUUGUUUUACUGCCUUAAUGGGAAUGUUUAAUUCCAUGUGAGUAACCUUUUUUAUA